UUACAAUUGUUUGUUUACUUGUUAAUUCUGCUCAUUUGCCUUAUUCUUAUUAAUUAUAACAGUUGUUUUAUUAUACAUCUCGUCAAUAAGAGGAUAAAGUAUCCUAGUAUGAAUCCGCUGUGUAAAUAUUGCAAGGAACCUGAAAACAAACAAGACAAGCCCGGCCUUGUAUGUAAUGAUAAGUCAUGUUUCGUACACCUUGCUUGUUUGCGAAGACCCGGCACUCCCGGCGACUUCGAAGGUGAUGUCUUCUUUGAGUUCACUUGUGAAGACUGUUCCACAGAUAACAAAGAGGUGUUCUACCGCAACAAAUUUCCUUGGGUAAAUGUGAUCCUGUUAACAAUGCACCAUUUGAACAGUCACUCAUAUGGAAUUAGCAACAAUGGUUUUUUCCAUUACAAAAUUCACAUAUGCUCCUUCAUUGAUAGACAUUGGAAUCACCUUUUCGGAGCUCAUACUAAACAGAAGAAGAACUGGGUGGGGACCAUAGCCGGUGUUCUCUCCAUAUAUAAUAACCUGAUAUUCCAGUCUGGAUCUAUGGCUCUCGGUGAGACUGGCUGGUGGAAAUUACUACAUAACUUCUCACCUGCUGUAGCAGCUCAUAUUGUACAAGCACUAGCCAAAGACAAACCGAAAGGGCGGCCAAAGAACCAGAUGUCUCUAAACAAAACCUUGUUCUUGGAGAAAGUUACCAGUAUGGGGUACAACCAUUUGAUAAACGAAGAAGAGCAAUCCCCCACAGCAGUCAAACCAGUACCAUGUAAGAAGCGUCGCAAUUCGACACGGACGAUAUUAACAUACAUUCUCUUACGAUCAAGAAGCAAUUUUAAUAGGAUCGACGAGUACAUCGAAGAUAUGGGAUUCGUUUCCAAAGAUGGCUCGCAGUCGGACGUGGAGAACAGCUUCCGAGGGUUCGACUUCACUCCAGUCAGUCAUACUGCGCCUCUUCAGAGUGACUCAUCCAGCAUCCACUCAUAUCAGCAGAUACUCUACUACGACUCAGAUUCACACAGCCGCUCGCCCAACUGCCAACCCGAUACCCAAUCUGACUGCGAUACCAAAAAACCAGAACCAAAACCCAAGAAAAACGCACCAGAAGAGAAACCAUAUGACAAAAGAGAGUCUUUAUUCUCAACUGAGCUGAACUCUAUAGAUAUGCCUUGGAUGGGGGAAGUGUCGGAGCCGAAGAAUGAUCUAGUGGAGAUGACGCAGUAUGAAGAGUUGCAGCUGCUUAAGCAAGUUGAAGGUCUGAUACCUAAAGUUAAGGAUAUUAAUAAGAAAGCAGAGCUGCAUAGAUUGAAGGCCAAACUUGCGUUAAGAAGACUCAAGAGGCAUAAACAUUUGCCGCUUUUUGAUUUAGAUAAGGUUGUCAAAAUAUUAGGCGGCUAUGUCACAGAGGAUUCCAGGAUUGUCAGCACAGAGAGGAUAUUGGACAGGUUCCAACAAACUUACCUGAUAGACAACCUAUGCGGGACAAUAGCGAGUACAAACUAUGGUACUCUGAUGGUGUCCCGUAUAGAGCCGGCGGCGUCCCGCUCCGUGUACUCGGGCGCCAUGCUGAAGCCCUACAUCCGGAGGGACGCACACGCACAGCCCACGUGGCUCAAGCUUAUGGAUGAACUACUGAUGAAGACCAACAGACACGUGGAAAACUACAAGCCUCCCCCUCGAGCAACCAUAGACUACUCGUACGUCCGGCCGCAGCACAUCGCCGCGGUCAACAAUCUAUGUGCACAGUUCUUCUGGCCGGGCAUAGACUUGACGGAGUCGCUGCAGUACCCCGAAUUCAGCUGCGUGGUGACGUACCGGCGGCUGGUGGUGGGCUGCGCGUUCCUGGUGCCCGACGUGGGCCCAAACGAGGCCUACAUCUCGUUCAUACUCACCAGGCCCGAGUGGAGGAACGCCAAGAUCGGCUCCUUUAUGCUCUACCAUUUAUUACAAACAUGCUCAGGCAAGGAUGUUACCCUACAUGUGUCACCAACAAAUCCAGCUAUAUUUUUGUAUCAAAAAUUCGGAUUCAAAGUCGAGGAGCUUAUUCAAGACUUCUACGAGAAAUACUACGAUAUAGAUUACAAAGGAUGUCGGCACGCGUUGUUUUUGAGACUCAUUAGAUGAAUUGUUACAAUUAUAACUUUUAUUUAUUUA